GUAACUGCCCCUCCCUCCUGGCAGCGGCGUUAGCCCGGGCAACAGCGGACGAAGUCCUGCAGAGCGACCUCUCCAACCUUUACCUGCCCAAACACGAGGACAGUCCAGAUGGGAUCAUACAGGUGGAGACGGAGAAGUUGGCCCGCACCGUCUUUACCAAGCUUCACAAUAUUUGCAGCGCCUGGGUGAAGGACUUCCCGCUCCAGACAAAGCCGUGUCGGUACUAUGAGACAUCCAUUCACGCCAUUAAGAACAUGCGACGCAAGAUGGAAGACAAACAUGUCUGCAUUCCAGACUUCAACACCCUCUUCAACCUGGAGGAUCAAGGGGAGCAGGCCUAUUUUGCCGUCUUCGACGGCCACGGAGGAGUGGAUGCUGCCAUCUACGCCUCCAUUCAUCUGCAUGUGAAUUUGGUGCACCAAGAAGCGUUCCAGCACGACCCCGCCGAAGCCCUCUGCAAAGCCUUCCAGGUGACGGACGAACGUUUUGUGCAGAAGGCGGCCAGAGAGAGUUUGCGAUGCGGCACCACAGGUGUUGUGACGUUCAUCCGAGGGAACAUGUUGUACGUGGCCUGGCUGGGGGACUCUCAAGUCAUGCUCGUGAAAAGGGGCCAGGCGGUAGAACUGAUGAAGCCUCAUAAACCAGACCGGGAGGAUGAGAAGAAACGCAUCGAGGCCCUUGGAGGCUGCGUGGUCUGGUUUGGAGCAUGGCGAGUCAACGGGAGUCUUUCUGUCUCCAGAGCCAUUGGUGAUGCAGAGCACAAGCCAUACAUCUGUGGAGACGCAGAUUCUGGAUCCACAGUGCUGGAUGGAUCGGAGGACUACCUCAUUCUGGCCUGCGACGGCUUCUACGACACAGUGAACCCCGACGAAGCAGUGAAAGUGGUGGCCGACCACCUGAAGGAGAACAACGGGGACAGCACCAUGGUAGCCCACAAGUUGGUGGCUUCCGCUCGAGAUGCCGGCUCUAGCGAUAACAUUACGGUCAUUGUGGUCUUUCUCAGGGACAUGAACGCCAUCAUCAGUGCCGGCGAGGAAUCCGAAUGGACUGAGAACUCUUUCCAAGGCGGGCAAGAGGACAGCGGCGACGACAAAGAGAACCAGGGAGAUUGUAAGAGACAGUGGCCUCAGCACCAGGUCUCGGCGCCUGCCGAUCUGGGCUACGACGGCAGAGUGGAUUCCUUCACAGACAGAACUACCUUGAGCGCAGGUUCCGCCAUCAAUGUCUUUGAAGAUCCCAGCUGCUUAGACCUGAGGAAAACAGAAGCAGGCAAACUCCACAGUGUCAAACGCCUUUCUCCGGAUCAAGUCUUCAGUGCUGGCGUGCCAAAGCGGGCGAUUUUGAGUCAAGGUGUUUUGGGAGACGGCAAGAGAAGGGACGACGUUCCACCCCAGGGGCAGAACGCACUCCUGGGCUCUCCAAGCCCAGGGGAGUGCAGCGUGGUGUUGGUGGAGGCCCCGAUCCCCACUGGGCCCGAAGGUCUAUGGUUCAAGUCGUGGGGAAGAAAAGCUUCCAUCUUCUCUCACUUCCAUUUCUGCGACGCUAAGCGGUGGCAACGGUUAGCGAGACUGAAGCCGAAACUCAAUGGGCUUUUCUUUGAGCAGCGGUCUCUUUUCUGCCCAGAAAGUUUAACCCUCUGCUCACCCAACCACCUAAAUGGCCGUAGGAACAAGUUCCUAAGAAGCCAUCUUGGGCAAGUUUCCCUUGGUUGCCAUCAAGGUCACGGCGAGAGUAUUUUCUUGAUGUUAAGGCCAAGUCCCUGUAUACCACCAGACCCAUGGCUGCUGUGGAGUUGUAAAAAAUAACACGUGCCCUCCUUUGUAUUUUACUUUUUUCCCCCUCCUCCUCCUCCUCCUCUUCAAUAGACUAAACAUUUCACAGAAUUAGAAGUAAUUCGGAGGGAGUGUUUCAGAAUUCGGAUAUCGCGGAAGGCUCUGCCCGUGUAAA